ACCUGGAAAUGGCAACAGCGAUGGACGUGGAAGUUGUGUUCUCGCAGGGUCAGCAGGGUUACCACACGUUCCGUAUCCCCGCCCUGGUGUACCAUGACGGCGUGUUCCUCGCCUUCUGUGAGGCCAGGAAGGACACGUACAAGGACUGGGGGCCGAUGGACAUCGUACUGAAGAGGGGGGUGCAGCAGGAGGGGGGAGGACUGGAGUGGUCAGAUGUCCAGACUGUGUGCUGUGUACCCGACAAAAGGUGUAUGAAUCCCACCCCCAUCGUGGACAGAACCAAUGGAACGAUCCAUCUCCUGUUUGGUACCAUCCCGCCCCAGGUUACAGAACACGACAUGAUUCGGGACGGCGUGCACCAAAUAAGACUCUGUAUCGUCAAGAGUAAAGACAAUGGUGUGACGUGGACUGAACCUGAGGAUCUCACAGACAAGGUUCUGGGCAAGGAGAAUCCACAGUGGGCAUGUUUCGCUCUGGCUCCUGGACAUGGGAUCCAGCUGAAGUCUGGUCGCCUGGUUGCUCCUGGCAACCAUAUGGUAAAGAAGAGUUCCACCCAUGCAGAAGCCCCAAGGCCUCGAUCAUCUCCCCCCUCCUGGUUCAGACGGACCCUAGAGUUGGUGGGAUGGUUUCUGUUCUCAAGAGAUUUCUUGCAAGGUGGUGUAGCCCGGUCAUUUGUAGUGUUUUCAGACGAUCACGGUGAAACGUGGCAGUUAGGUGGGAAAGUACCUGAAAGCCCAGAGAACCUGCACACUUCUGAAUGUCAGGCUGUAGAGAUUGUGAAGAAAGAUGGGUCCUCCUCGCUGUGUUUGAACAUCCGUACCCUGGGCCCGCACGCGCGCAGACAGCAGUCCUUCAGCGAGGAUGGUGGGCUCACGUUCUCCCCCGGACAGCUGGUGGAUGAGCUGGUGGAACCGUGUAAGACUGGACCGAUGAUGCCGACGGUCAAGAACUAUGGCGGAUGUCAGGGUUCCGUCGUUGCUGCCACCCCUCCAUCUAACCUCCGACCCGAAGGGUCAGAGUUCAAAAACUGGGUCCUGUUCGCCAACCCAAACCACCUCUCCCUCCGCGAGAACAUGUCCCUCAAGGUCAGCAAAGACGGGUGUCGGACCUGGAGCCCGGGGCUCGUGCUGCACAAGGGGCCGAGCGCGUACUCCGACCUUGCGACCUACGAGGAAGGGGGGGCGGUCAAGGUCGCCUGUCUGUUUGAGAAGGGGCAGGAACAUCCGUAUGAGACCAUCUCCCUACAGAGGAUGAGUUUGGAGGAUGUUGUGAAAGGAACAUCUGGUUAAAGAAAAAGCCUUGAGUUUUUUAAUCAGGAACAACAUUUCAGAGAUUACUAGUAAUUAUGUAAGAUAGCCCAGCUAAAACUUUAACAGAGCUGUGUGCCAAGAUUAUUUUCUUUCAGGAGAUAAAUUUAACUUUUUUUUUCUGUUGGUUGGUGGUGUUAAUAAUCUUUCAUAAAAUAGGGACCAAGUCUGACACUUUUGUGGAAGGAUCCUGACACUUUUGUGGUGACUCUUUGUUUCUUGGUACUCAGAUUAUAUCUGAUUCAUGAUCAUAGAUUGCAUCAUAUGCAUUGCUAAGUGAGAUACUAGCACCACCUCUUACAUCUAGGGAAAUAUAAUGCACAAAGAGAAUUGUAUGGUAGUUAACUCUGUCAUUAAAAUGUACAGAGUCUGGAAAGAUGUUAUGUUUAAUUUUGGGCAAUAAAAUUGCUGCUAAGGUGGGAUGAA